GGUACUUCGACCUUGACCCUCUUGAUCCGUGAAAUAUCAAUGAAAUGGUGUGUCACUAUAUGGACUGCCGGUCUAAGAAGCAGCUGAUAAACCGCUACCACUGGUCCCUGUAUCCGAACAUGCAGCGGGGCCGCUGGUCAGCGCAGGAAGAUGUCAUGCUGCUUGUCGCUGUGAAGCUGUACGGGGACGUUAGCUGGUCCAAGGUGGCAAGCAUGGUGCCAGGUCGUACACACAGGCCAGUGCAGGGAUCGCUACAUGGACAACUUUGCCCAGCAGUUUGUCUUGGGGCCGUUCACUUCGGAUGAGGACUGCACGCUGCUGCAGCUGGUGCAGAAGUACGGAGCUGGCCACUGGGCCAUGGUGAGAUCGUUCAUCAGUUUGCUACGCUUGCAGGGGAGCUGGCGAAUCCGUGUAAAAAUUGUUGCAAUCAAGGCGGCACGGGACAUGCCCUGGCGUGCAUCCAACACGCUGCUGAUGCGCUACCGGCGACUGUACGAGACCCUGCGCACCAAAGAGCCCACAGUGGCUGACGUGGAGCGCUCCCUGGCGGUACCCGUGGCUCCCAUGACUGCGGUGCGAUGUGCCCGUCUGACAGGAAUGGACAAGCGCAUGGACCUGUACCGGCGCAUCAGACGCCUCCUCAACACAGAUGUCAUGAAGCGUGCCGCCCUUUCGCUGGUCAAGAACUGGAACGAGAAUGUGAGCCGGGAGACGUGCAUGAGGCUGUACCGCAAGAUGCUGCAGUUUCAGCAGGGCACUCGCCCACCGAAAAACUCUCAGAUGCAAGGCCGUUCCCUGACCAAGGUCAUUGCCAAGUACGCGCAGCCCCUGCAUCAACCCAUGCUGCCCAGCCUGGCUGCCUGCGAGCACCAGGAGUGGCAAGCUGUGGCCAAUGUGCUGCACGACCUCCACGGCUUGUCGAGACCACCUCCGAACCCAGAAGUUGAGGAAGUGGGCACCGUGCCCAUCUUUGAAAAGUUCUUCUCUAAGGAGGUGCUUGGCGUGCCAGAUGCAUUCGAGACCAAAGAAGGCUGCCUCGUGCUUCCGCUGCUGCCGCCCAACGAGACAACGGUGGCUACCUACGGGAGGCUGUUGGAUCGCUUUGACAGCGGUAGCAUUUUGGAAUCGUUGCUUGUGGGCAACAAGAAGUUUCCCGAGCUCUCCGCAGCUUUCGACACCGACAGCGCCGAGUACAUUUGCUGCACCGAGUGCGUGUCGCGAAGCCUCCUGGAGUUCUCGUCCGUCGCCACCGGCGCUCCGGUGCCCUGCGGUCGGUGCAAGGAUGUGCGGGCCAUGCGAAAAAGUUACGAUGUUCUGCAGGCACGCGUCAUCUCGUACUUUUUCUGGCCCGCUGUCUUGGACUCCAUGAACGUAGCCGAGACCGUGGAGCUCCCUGCGGAGCCAGCGAAGAAGCGCGCCAAGAUCUAUCGCAGGAAGGCAAAACUAAAGAAACCCUGGGUGAAGGCGAAGUGGAUGCAGCGCAAACAAGCGGCUGCUGAGGCGGCGGCGGCGGCGGGUGCGACAGCACAGCAAGUCGAUGCUCCAGGAGAGGACGGCAGCGCUGGACCCUCUCGCACUUGAGUGUACCUGCUAAUUGUUUCAAACACGGAAACAUUAUGUUGAGUUCGUUCGUGGCUGUGUCAUGAAAAGAGACCGGAUAUUAGGCAAAUGGAUAUUUCGUUUUUUGCGUUCCUAUCGUGCCAUUUUGACAUAUGAGCAUGAAUCUGAGAGCUUUUGUAGUGUUUUGGUGCCCAUAAAGGCCUAGUUUUGAAUGUUUGCGCCCAAAUUUUUAGAUAAGUGCCUAGAAAUGCCUAUUUGUAAAAUUGGUGCCUUUAUGAACGCUGUUUAAUUUUCAUAUUUAGCUUUUGGGUACAACUGGAGACAGUUAUUCAUGUUCCCAGGCAAAAUUGAGCUUUUGGAACACUGUGGGGUGCAACCAAUACUCCCAUCUCAAAAGUUCUUUUCAGCACUGUCAUAGCUAAAAGGCUUCUUAGCCAAUGGAAAGGCCGAUUAGCCUCUGCACAUGUAUUCAUUCGCGCCGCGUCGUCUGCUCGAUAUCUCGGCGCUUACUCGCAUGCGUAUGGAACGGGAGGUGCUUCUGUGCAGCCGCAGGACAAUGAAUAACAAAUGCGAAAACGUGGAGUGUGAUAAGGGAAAGAAGAGUGUAGAUAAAAAAAGUCCACGUGGUUUUUGUUUUGUUUGUCAUUUACUUAGCGGCGCUUCACUAGGUCGCAUAAGAAUUUUUACGUACACUUGAAGUUGUUGCAUGUCCGAUGAAAAGCUUUGCAGCACUAUAAUCUAUAUAAUAUCUUGAUUGGUUCACUACAAGCCUCGAAAGCAAGAUGUGAGGAGGUGAGCUUAAAACUUUUGCCUCUCGUACGCUGUGGAUUUCGCUAGCCAAAUGGCUCCCCUGCCCUCUUCGGUAUCGUAGCAUCUCUGAGCCAGAAGGCCACACGACGCAGACAUAUCAACACGUCAUGCGCAGGCAAGCACAGAUCGUGCACGCAAUCUAUGUUGUCAUUUCGACAUUCUCUGUAUUGUACUGCAUGUUUCUAUUGGAUGGAACUAUCUAUGCGCGCACGUUUGGAGAGGCUGCCAGGAUCCUGUACCUUCACGGCGAUACACAGCGUCGCACCACUAGAACUGCUAUAAGGGAUGAUGCACCAAAAACAUGCCAAGCAUUGUGAAUGCUGGCACCGGCACUAUGCGAGAAUGGUGAGAACUCCAACGCAAAGGAACUUGCUCGAUACGAAGUUACAAAUAAUAGUGUGCGUUGAUUCCGUUUGUAUGCUUUAAAGUAUUUCUGCCAACAUUCAUACUUCUAGGCAGGCAGCAGUGUAUACACAAAUUACUCACGUCGCCUUGAAUAAUUCUCGGUGUCACGUACUACUUAGACGUGCUUGUAUGCGUCACCUCCCCCAUGUUGGGGCUGCGCCCGGGAGAUGAUGGUCAAGCAGCGUUGAAUCUGACAUUUCACCUUUUCUGGGGCGUGUAGCAUUUGCAAAUCUUGGCGGAUGAGACUGGGAGCGCCCAUUGCAUGCAUUCCUCUUGCCUGCUCGAAGCUCUCAAACCUGGUUGAGGGCCCUUUAAGGUGUUCACAGACAGAAGAGAAAUUAACUCUGUGCAGUUAAACCAAGUUAAUACGAGGCAAAAUGGCCUUUCUGUCCUAUUGGCGCUCUGGCUAUUUGCUCCUGUGUUGCCCUUCUCAGCCAUGCCGAAAAGAAAGACCCAGGAGCGUGUUUAUUCGACGGUUGAUACUCAACUUGCCAUGCUAGACUAGAAAAAGGGAGACCAUAUUUUUCGAACUCUGUGGGAAAAACAUUGCACGGCUAUGCUAAGCUAUUGGCACCAUUGUACCGUCACAAACUAAAAUAUUUAUGUUUGCUUUUUUGUUGUAGACACAGAUCCCGCACCUAUUUCUUCAAAAAUAUGAAUUGUGUCGAAAUUCAUUGCGCCUAUAUUUAUGAUUUCAGAGACCUAAAAGAAUGUUUUACCCGCCUAUUUAUGGCGCCUGAAAUCUAGUUCUUUAGUGCCUAUGAUUCCGGCUUCUAGUAAUGAGACAGUCAUAGUUACUGGUUGAAUGUGAUAUUGUUUGAAGCCCGGGAAGUUUUUUCCGUGAUUGUUUAGUGUAAUUACGGUUGAUUCAUACAUUUGUUCAUCACUCUUCAUGCAGUGUUCCUCCAAAUAAAUUAUUCUUCUUGGUGUUACAGUGUGAAUUGAGCGUUAUUCCCUCUGCGCAUUGUUGUAAAGCCUGCCAAUCGCCAAUAGCAGCACUUCCCGCUGCCAGGAGUGUUUAGUGUGUCGAAUGGUUACGCCCCGUACAAUGGCUGGGAAGACUGGAAAUCCGGGACAGGAAAGAGCGCCACGUGUCUUUUGUUGAUGCAAUAUGUCAAGUAUCACGUGCGGCAGAUCGUAGACGCUAAAGUUGAAAUUUGUGAAGGAGGCAUCGCAUAAGAAGUGCAAUAAUGACACGGGGGAUGAAAUAUUUAGGAUGUGAAACUCCCAUCGGAUCGGGCGCACGCAGGUGUCCAAAUAAUGUCACAUAGAAUAUAUAAGUAACAUGAUCAGACGGAGACAUUCCCGUUGACGGCGCAAAGUCGCAACCACGACACAUGCAACUUUUUGUUAAAUUUUGCCAGUAUUCUUUCAUUUCUUGUGAGUCAAAUUCUUCUGUUUUCUUAGAUGCUCAAGAUCAAAAUAAUACAGAAGUUUCAAAUAAAUUGACCUGAAAUUGCA